AUGGCCGUCCUGGACACACUCUUCUUCCUGCUGUCGUACAUCUCCAACCUGGAGCUCUGGAGCUGGUUCCAGAGUGCGCUGCCGGCGUGGCCCGUCAAGAAUCAGGACCUCGUCGACGCGGUCGUGUCCGCGCAUUACGUGGACCCCGACACCGGCCUCGACGCCUGCGUCGCGCAGCGCGUGAAGAGCUCGUUGCGGAGCGCGAGCUGCGACUAUCUCAGCGUGAAAGACAUCUGUCCAGAGCUCUGCGAGUUCUCGGACGAGGGGGCUCUGGUGUUACGUUGCAGGUUGGGGGUCCUACAAGCCCUUAGAGAAGCGCGCAUGCUGACCGGCGUCCGAAAGUUCGUCGGGACGUCAGCCGGGUCCAUCCUAGCCCUCAUGGGCGCGCUAAAUAUCUGCCCGAAAGAGGUGUUGCGGUCGGUCUUGUCUUACGAAGCGGCGCACUCGCUCCUGUUUUCCAUCCGAAUCUCCAAGUUGUUCACCGACUUUGGUCUGGACGACGGCGAGCGGCUCUUCGACUUCAUCUUUAGCAUUCUAGAACGCCUGAGUCCAGGAUUCCGUGACCUCACUUUCGUGGGGCUAUUACAGAAGACUGGGAACGAGUUGCACAUACCGACCACCUGCGUGACCACGGGGUCGCUGGUGCUCAUGUCCGCGGACACCACCCCCGACCUCAAGAUCGCAACGGCGAUACGCGCCUCCUGCUCCAUCCCUCUCAUCUUCACCAGCCCUAUCAUUGACGACAAGCGCUUCUGCGACGGAGGUCUGGUAGCUUACAAUCCCGUGUCGUUCGUGUCCCAAAUACCUCCAGAGGAGAAGCUGGCCAUCUUGGUACUGCCGGACUACGACCGAGAGGACGUGAACGACGUCCUGGCAUUCACCGCUCGAGUCAUCAGGCUGGUGUGCACCUACCAUCAACUCCAGGCCAUAGAGCGGGAAGAUUGGGUGUUCUCGUCCACAUCGACCGACGGGAUGGGCGUUACCAUACCAGAUACGACCGCCAUGGUGACCGAUUUCGAACGAGGCCGAAAGGAGGCGGGCAGCUACCUUUUAAAGAGAUUCAAGCCCAAGGAUAAGCUGGAUUGA